AUGGCGGACAUGGCGACUGGGAUGGUGACAUGGGUGGGGGGUGAGGUAGGGGUAUGGAUGGGUAUGAAUGUGCAUGUGGGUAGAGGCGUGGGUGUGAGUGUGAGUGUGAGUGUGAGUGGGGGUAGCGUGGGCGGAUUGAUGGGUUACGUGGAGAUGCAGGUGGAUAAGUGUGAGUGCUACGCGGCAAUGACGACAUUUAUCCCGAGUGUUUUCUGCUAUGUGGAGACGGGAGUGAUACAUUCUGGUAUUAGUCAGGGUAAGAGGAAAAGUGAGGAGAGAAAUAAUGAGAGUGGGUCUAUGGGACUAUGGGCUAUGGAUAUGGAUAUGGCCAAAUAG